AUCGAAUAUCGAACACACUACAUUUUUAUACAUAGUUCAAAACAAAUAACAAAAUUACUUACCACCUGCCUAGUGCUUGACUUUUAUUUUAAUCAUUUAGUUAUGUGUUCGAUAUACAUUCUUAGUUUUAAAAAAUGAAUUAAACGUUACAUUAUCUAAUUAAUAAUAUUUUUAGUGCAUAAAUAUGAGCUUAAUGGAUCAAUUAUUUCCAGCUAAUCACAAAACCACAUUUGUGGUGGACCACACUCCAUACCUUGGAUUGGCUAGUAACUCACAUAUAAAAAUGGACUUCACCAAACGGCCAUCCGGCGGAGUACCACCCGCGCCCAUUUUCAAAUCAAUGUGGACGUGUAGCAUUGAAGCUGUACUCGAAUACUGCCGUAUCGUCUGGGAUCUGUUCCCAGAAGGGAAACUUAUACGUGUUAUUAGUAGCGACACGCAAUCUCGCAACUUGAAUAAUUGGUCAUCUAGUCAACAAAACGUUAACUAUAUGCUGCAUCAUUUGUCGUGUUUAGGGCCACCUGCAAAACUUGUACCAAAUCCAAAUCGAGACUACAGUGUUGUGUACGGAUUUCGUACCGCAGCUGAAGCAAUGACUGAAUGUACUACAGCGCAAAUGGACCAAGCAGCUAAGAAAAAUAAUAUUGAAGUUCAAAACAAGUGUAGAACAAUUAUUAUCACAUCGGCCAGAGAUAACCCAUCAAUAGAGAAUCUCAUGUCCAUGUUUCAUAACGAAAUGAUCAAAAGCAACAAAUAUGCAUCUCAACCCAAUUCAAUGUCUAUUCAUCAUUGUCAUUUAGUAAUAAUUAACACAUAUCCAGAUUCUAUUACAUGUGAAGUUACUGAUCGUCCAUCUCAUACAAUAUCACCAAUAUUGGAUUUGGAAGUGCAUUCAAUUCCUGCAUCAAAAAUUGGUAUUAAGAUAUCAAAUCUUUUAUUAAAACACUACAAUUUAGCUAGUACAACAGUUACCGGUAUCCCAAUGAAAGAAGAACAAAAUGCCAGUUCAUCAGCAAAUUACGAUGUAGAAAUAUAUCAUGCAGCUACUGCACAUACAACUAUUUUAAAUGCAAAUGUAGCUGAUGCUAAAGCAGUGGUUGCUAAAAAAGAAGGAGCAGACUAUGAAACAAUUAAAUUAAAAUGGUGUACGCCUAGGGCUAAUAACAACUUACCAGAUAUUCACAGCUGUACAACGUUACAUAGAAUCACUCCAGUUGAUAUAAACAGCAGACCGAGCGCAUGUUUGAUAACAUUUUUACUGAAUGGUCGGUCAGUUUUACUUGAGAUGAUUAAACAAGGUGGUGGUAAGAGUAUGUCACAUGUUCUAAAAUCAUACAAUGGUGAAAUAUACAUACAUACAGUAUCGUCUGGUCGGACAGUACUUGAAGAUCCACCGGCCAUUAGUGAAGGCCCAGGAGGGAAAGUAACCCAGUACAGAAUAGCUGAUUUUGGUAAUUUCAUGAAGUUAAAUUUACUGCAACCAACAAAAAGAAAACAAACAGAAGAUAAAAACAAUAUUGAUGAUGCCAAAGAAAAACUGAAAAAACAAACUGCAUAUUGGCCACUCAUAACAUCUUCAACCAUAAUAUAUAAUUUGAAACAAUACACUGAACCAAUGUUGUCAUUAAUGGUUAAAGAUAACUUAAGUGAUCAGGAAGUAAUGAAUUGCAAACAAUGUAUAUAUGCUUUGAUGGCAGCUGAAUCUAAGAACGAACACCUCAUUACACCCAGCCUAUCAAAUCCACGAAAAAUGAUGAAAAAAGAUGACCAAUACAAGUCUAUGUGGACAGAGUUGGAAACAUUCUUAAAAUCAAAUUUAUACACUGAAAAUCACUGCAAAGUAUUGCAAUGUUUAUUUGAAUGUCGUGGUAAACUUGAUGAAGAAAAGAUCAUUGAGAAAACUUUAAUGCGUUUCAAAAAAUCUUUGGCUGACAGGCCGAGUGUAAUACGAGCUACUACCGAUUCACCUAUGUCCCCACCAUUAACUCAACAGACAGGAAUAAAACAUAACAUAGCACAUAAAAAUGUUGAUGUUGAUCCAAACAGUGUUAUGUAUUUGCAAAUAAUUCAGGAUCAAGACAAUCGUAGAGUUAACCCUUCUUCGCGACCUCAGUUUGCUGGUAGAUUAAAAUCUAUUCAAAAGAGAAAUGGUAAUUUAUUUGCAAAACUCUAUCAGCAUUUAGAUGAUGACACAGAUGCCAAGAGUGUAAAAUAAUAUUGAAAAUAUUUAUUAAUUGUUUAAUUUUGGUUUCUCAUAAUAAACCAAAUUUUGUAUUUUUUCUGUAUUGGCAUGUAUAUUGUCUGACUCAAAAAGAUGAUGUUUUACUACAAACUAAAAAUCAUUAUAAAAUAUUUUUACUGUAAAA